AUGUAUAUAGAGAUUAUAAAAGAAAAGGUAUCAAACCUAUCUAAGGUCUUACUCCUGGAGAAAAGAAAUGCUUAAUAGUUUACCUACGAAGGAAAUAAGAGUGAUAUUAAAUAAAGAGAGUAGAUGCAAAAGCAAUCAUAAUAGUCAUAAAAUAAAAAUAAUUAUAGCUCGAAAAAUUGCCCCUUAAAUGAUCCAAGACUAGAGGGAUUUGAACUGAAGCAAUAAGAUUUUUGUGUGAGAGAUAUGACUGGUGAGGUCUGCUUUGAAAUGAAUAAAAAACAACAAGUUUCGAAUGUAGAAAUUGAUAAAAAAAUCUCAACGAUUGACUAUCUUUUUGAAAAAGAAUCUAAACCUGUAAUUAAAAGCCUUUUUUACGGAAGUGCUGCUAGCAAAAUUAUUAAGACUUAUUAGAUUAAUGUGGGUGAUUUAGUUAGAGUAGAACUGACUGUACCCUUAGAUUUUAAUAAUCAAGCAUAUCAAAAUGUGAUUGUAGGAGAAUUAUCACCAAUCAAUAAUACCUACAAUUUGAGCUUCAGAAUAUGUGAGCCUUCUAUUUUUAGGAGAAUAUUACCAACUGUCAUCAUUGCUGAGAUAAUUAGAUACAGAGGAUAGGAAGAUGAAGAAUGUCCUCAGGGUCAAGAACCAUGUGCUCUUUGUUUGACCAAUAAGAGGAAAAUUUUUUACAAUUGUGGUCAUUUAUGCACAUGCCUAGCUUGUGAUUUAAAAUUAAGAGGAUUUAGAGGGUAGUGUCCUAUAUGUAGAGAAACUAUUGAAUGUAGAGAGUAUGUUUAUGCAUGA